GCGGACGGACGCAGCGCAACGUCACAGACGCCAGCAGGCACCGCCGCGCCGCGGGCCACGGGGGAGACGCACGCCGGCGGCGACGACACCACGUGAAGGAGAGCGACGUCCCGCUGAGUGGCGCUCCGGAGUGGGAUGCCGGCGUGGGCGGCGGUGGCGGUCGCGGCGCUCCUGCUCUGCCGCCUACCGGCGGGCCAGCCCAGCGACGGCUACCACCUCACCACAGACACCGAGCGGCGCGAGAAGGCGCGCCAGGUGCUCGCCGAGGCGCCCCUGAUUGACGGGCACAACGACCUGCCCUGGAACAUCCGCAAGUUCGUGCACAACCAGUUGCGGGAGUUCAACCUCGCGGCUGACCUGCGCUCCGUGCAGCCGUGGUCGCGCAGCGCCUGGUCCCACACAGACCUGCAGCGACUGCGCAUGGGGCUCGUCGGCGGGCAGUUCUGGGCAGCGUACGUGCCGUGCGAGUCGCAGCACCUGAACGCCGUGCAACUGACUCUGGAGCAGAUAGACCUCAUCCGGCGGCUCAUCGACAAGUACCCAGAUCAGCUCAUGUUCGCUGCCUCUGCUGACGAGAUAAUGUCGGCGCACGCGGCACGCCGCAUCGCCAGCCUGAUCGGCGUGGAGGGCGGCCACAGCAUCGGCAGCAGCCUGGCCGUGCUGCGGGUCCUCUAUACGCUAGGGGUCCGCUACAUGACGCUCACCCACAGCUGCCACACGCCAUGGGCAGACUCGUCCUCCGUUGACCACGAAGCCAAGUUUCCUGAGCACGGCGGACUCACUCAGUUUGGAAAGGCGGUGGUGCGCGAGAUGAACCGCCUGGGCAUGAUGGUGGACCUGUCGCACGCGAGCGUCGCCACCAUGAAGGACGCGCUCGCCACCAGCCAGGCGCCCGUCAUCUUCUCGCACUCCAGCGUCUACGCGCUCUGCAACAACUCGCGCAACGUUCCCGACGACGUGCUGCACCAACUGGCGAGCAACCGUGGACUCGUGAUGGUUACUUUCUAUAACUACUUCGUGAAAUGUGGGCCAAAGGCAUCAGUUUCCGACGUAGCAGAACACAUUAACUACAUUAGAAAUUUGAUCGGAGUUGACCACAUCGGCGUUGGAGGCGAUUUCGAUGGAAUAAACAUGACGCCGCGCGGCCUGGAAGACGUGUCCAUGUAUCCCGAGCUGUUCACGGAGCUCCUGAGGCACGGGCACUGGCCGGAGGAGGAUCUGAAAAAGGUGGCUGGCCUCAACCUUCUCAGGGUCUUCAGGGAGGUUGAGAAGGUUCGAGACGAGAUGCGCGAGGCAGGAGUCCAACCUUCGGAGGAGCUGAUCUCCGAGCCGGGUACACCGGGCCCCGCGUCGCCCUGCGCUUUCGACAUCAGCCGCGCUGAGCGCGAGAUGGAGCUGUGACGCGCGGCGCGCUCCGCCUGCGACCGCCGCAGCCCCUGCUGCAUCCGCUACCCGCGUCACUUCCCAGGGGACUGCCGCGCCGACGCCGCCGUCUCUAGCGUCACCACCGGGUCUGCGGUCCUCGGCUUCGGCAUCCGUGCAGACGCUGCUGGCGUCCUUCUCAUCCACUAGCAGCGGCCGUGUGAGGAGUGAUUACAGUGCACGCCGUACCUGUGCUGGAAAUGGAGCACACGAGCGGAGCAUGUGACUCCUGUUCUGAAAACGUGGAAAGUUUCUUGCAGUUGUUACCAUGUUCACUGUCACAAGACAUAAAUAUUUCCAGUCUGAUUUUCAGUGAAUCAUACAUUUCAGCUGUAAUCGCUAAUAAGUAACGAUUGACUGAA